AUUUAUAUGAGAAAUGGGCAACUGCCCGGAAGGCAAUUAAGAUGAGGGAAGUGUCAGUUGGAAAGUAGGCAGUGGGAAUGAUUCGUAAACCCCAGUAAUUAACAAGCUUUGAUGCAGAGCGCUGUUUCUGUGAAAUUUUUUUCAUUAAUGAAUGGCUGGAGCUGCCGACUUAACUGUCCCUUCUGUUGGUGCCAAAGUUGUCAUGGACCCAAGCCAGGAAUCAGACAAGGGUAAUUACCGCAGGUCGAGCAUUGAGGCAAUACUUAUGGCUCCUAAGUUGCCAAAGUCAUUACCACCGGUUUCAUCAGCACCUGAGGGGGAGACAAUCAGGCGGCCUCGUGGCAGGCCUGCAGGCUCCAAAAAUAAGCCGAAACCUCCUAUUAUUGUGACUCGAGAUAGUGCAAAUGCACUGAGAGCUCAUGCAAUGGAGAUCAGCUCAGGCUGUGAUGUGAGUGAGAGUUUAGCUAACUUUGCAAGGAGGAAACAACGUGGAAUAUGUGUACUUAGUGGUAGUGGCUGUGUAACCAAUGUCACCUUACGACAACCAGCUUCGACUGGGGCCAUUGUGACCCUUCAUGGCCGGUUUGAGAUCCUCUCAUUGCUUGGAUCAAUAUUGCCACCGCCUGCUCCACCAGGGAUUACAGGGCUAACUAUUUACUUAGCAGGGGCUCAAGGACAGGUUGUGGGUGGGGGGGUGGUUGGUGCACUCAUUGCAUCCGGCCCUGUUGUGAUCAUGGCUGCAUCUUUCAUGAAUGCUACUUUUGAUCGGUUGCCAUUGGAUGAGGAUGAAAUUACUACAGCCGUGCAGAAUCAACAUUAUCAAAAUGGUCAUCACCACCUCCAUCGCCACCUGGAUAUUUCAGAUCUGUAUGGAGUGCCACAGAACUUGCUUACCAAUGGUUCGACGCCCACAGAGAUAUACUCGAGGGCACCUGGACGAACCAUCACAAAAUCCUAACUUGAUUUGCUGUGAACCCUUAGUACAUCUCAUAACAACAGCUUUAGCGUCGGUUAUUGUUGUGCCAUUUCCACUAUCAUUGUUAGACAUCUCUGAGUAUCAUUAUAUUUGGAGCUUUUCACAUGGAAAUCCAUGAAACUACAUUUUAUAUUUACAAUCAUCAUUAUGUCGAAAGUACUUGUGGUAUCUUGUUGCUUCUAUACAUUCUUGUGUUGCUUUUAUUAUCAAUUUCAAAACGUCCUAUUUCAUGG